AUGUUAAAAACGUCAUUUUUAAGAUCAGUUUCGGCAAGACAAAGUCCCAUGAUUCUAAAGUUAGGAACAAGGUCCAUCGCUACUAGCUUCUAUGAUUUGAAGCCUGUUGAUAAAGAUGGCAGAGAAGUACCAUUUAGUGAAUUUAAGAACAAACCAGUUCUUAUUGUAAAUGUUGCUUCAAAAUGUGGUUUCACUAAACAAUAUACCGAUUUGCAGAAAUUAUAUGACGAAUAUAAGAAAUAUGGAUUUACCAUUAUCGGGUUCCCUUGUAAUCAAUUCAAGAAUCAAGAACCUGGCUCUGAUGAAGAAAUCGCACAUUUUGUAGAGACUAAAUAUGGUAUUACAUUCCCAAUAUUGAAGAAAGUUGAUGUCAAUGGUGAAAAUGCGGAUGAUGUCUACAAAUUCUUAAAGUCGAAGACUGAGGAUCAAGGUGAUAUCAAAUGGAAUUUCGAAAAAUUUCUGAUCAAUAAAAACGGUAACGUUGCUGUACGUGCUGAAUCUAAAGUUACACCCUUUGAAUUGGAACCUAAGUUGAAAGAAUUGCUUGAAAUUGACUAG